AACUCUCAAUUGAUUCAACCCAAAAUGAAAAAUGAGUUCAGGCUUAGCCCAAAUGUGGCCCAAUCAAAGUCCAUCCGUAAUUCCGGCCUGAAGCGGUAAAUUAAAAAUCUGUAUUCCUUUGUAUGGCUAUGGCGUUCGGGAAGGAGGAGACUCGUUGAUGGUAAAGUGAUGGCGGAAACCGACGGCUGCCGGAGCAGCAGCGAUUGCUCCUUUGUAUGGGACGAACAAAGUCAGCUUUACUUCCAUGCUAGUACUGGAUUUUAUCAUGAUCCUAAUGCUGGUUGGUAUUAUAGCUCGAGAGAUGGUCUUUAUUACAAAUUUGAAAAUGGGAAUUAUGUGCUUUUGGACUAUGACAAGGUUAAUGAGAGUCAAAUGCAAGUGCAGGAAGGAACUGUCAUUGAGAAUCCUAUGGAAGAAGAACUAUCUACAAAUAUGUAUUGUGAAAGCAAGGAGUGUCCAUCUUCAUUUCCCAUGGAGGAACCUGGAAUUCAUGAACAUGUAAGAAAUGUUGCGGAUGAACCUACUGCAGGCAGUGACAUGGUGGGAACUGGAGAUCAGGUGCAUGAAAAUCUGGAGCCAACAUCAGAAUGGUUAGAGGAUAUGCUAAUUGAUCUUUAUCUCUCUGGCUAUAACCAAGUUGGCAAUGCUGCUGCUGAUGCAGCUUUGUCUUUGGGCACGGAUGACAUAGAUAACUAUAAGUUAUCAACUGAUGGAAGUGAUGAUUCUGAAGAGCUGGAAGAGGGUGAAUGGAUCCCAGAAGAAGAUUAUUAUGGUGUGGCUGAUUCAAGUGAGAAAGUCUCAAAUGAAGAUGUUGCAUGGGAUGAAGAAAGCUGGCGUGCACAGUAUGGCCAAGUCACAAGGUCUGGUGAAGAGCCAGAGCCAGAGCCAGAAUUUCCAGUUGUGGAUUUAUGGGACUGGGCAAUGGUGACAGGGCUAAGGAAGGAUGGCAAAAGUCAUGUUGCCAGGCUGGUAGGCCGCCUGGUAAAACAAUCUGCUAAGGUUCACCCCUCUAUGCCUCCUGGUGGCAGUCUACUAAAAACCGCUCCAAUAUGUGAAGUGAGUCUUGAUCUGGUACGAGUUACUACAGGGCAAGUGUAUAAGUUGAGGAAUCCCAGUUCAAAAUAUUUGGCUUCAUUGUCAAGUUAUGAUUCUUCUGACCCCACAAAAGAUUGGGGCUUCCCUGAGUUAUCAAUUAACACUAAAUUUUCUCUCAAGUCAAACUCCUGCCAAAAUAUUAAGCCAAAAACAUCUGGUGAAGUGGGUGGCUUAAAUGACCUGUCUUUGUUGCCAGCUCAGCACUCUGCAUCUUUGAAGCACACAACCCAUGCAUAUAGGGAUAGAGCUGCUGAGAGAAGAAAGCUGCAUGGUGGUUUUGGUGUGGGUCCUGGACAAAAGAGUGUGGGGAUUGUUCAUGAUAAUGGUGAUGAUCCAACUUGUGCGGAGGAUGCUGCAGCUGAAGCCUUGAACAUGUCAUUUGGAGCUGGUAGUCAUGCCAGAAAAAUUAUGGAAAGCAUGGGCUGGAAGGAGGGAGAGGCACUUGGUAGCACAAGAAAGGGCUUGAAGCAUCCAUUGCAACCAGUUGGCAACAUUGGCAAUGCUGGACUGGGAUGGCCUCAAACAAAGCGCCGUUGAGAUCGUUAGAAGUUAUCUGAUAUUUGAGGACAAAAGGAAAUAUUUCAUAUUUGUGAUAUACUAGGUUUCUGUAAAAUUCCUGACAAAAUGCUUCUGUCAAAACGUCAAACAAUUUGAAACAAAAGUUCUUCUCUUAAACUUCAUUUAUUUUAUUUUUAGUUAAAAAAAUGUUGUCUCCAAA